AUGUGCCAUGGAGCUCUGCUUGCAGCAGCAGUGGCGGCUAUCAAGCCCUCGAGGUUCACUCUGCCCAAGGCCGCUGCAAAGAUGCAGCGGGUGCGGUCGCUGGCCUCGGCGCCACGCGAGAAGAAAAACCAGCCGAAGGCCGCGCGGGCUUCGGCGAAGUUCGACUUCGCGGCGGUGUCCUGGUCUCCCCGCACGGCGCCGAUGGCGCACAGCCUCCCAGAGCCAGGUUCGGAGAGCACAUCGAGCGGUACCGAAAGCCCAAGGAGGAGAAAUCGAUUUCUGGUAUCAGAACAGGAAAUCUCCUUCUCGGUUGUUAUCGCUGGGCUUGCGAGGCAAGGGCGGCCGUAUGCCGCAGCAAAUUUCUUGGAGGCCAUGGUGACGAAUGGCCUGUCGCCAAAUGUCGUUGUCUUCAACGCUGUCAUUGCGGCGUUCGCUGGACAUGCGGAUGUGCCUGAAGCAGUGAAUUGGUUCCGAAAGAUGGAAGACCAGGGCCUGAAGCCAAACGUCGUGACACUUACCUCCGUCAUCGAUGCUUGUGCCAAGGCUGGUAAAGCAGAUGAGGCGGUGAGGUGGCUCCACGAAAUCGAGGAGAGGGGUUUGCAGCCCAACCGGGUAUCCUACAACGCCGUCAUCAACGCCUUCGCAAGGCGAGGUGACGUCUCUGGUGCCUUGCACUGGCUGGAGCGGAUGCAGCCUGCAGUGGAGCCCGACAAGGUCUCGUACAACUCAGUGAUUCACAGCUGCGCCCUCUCCAAGGAUCCCAGUGCGGGUGAGGUGGCUGAGAGCGUCUUCAAGCGCAUGAGGUUGAACAACAUGUGGCCGACUUCAGCAACGCUGAAUGCUCUCGCACGCGCUGUUGGCACAGAUCGCAGGAAUAUCCUUUGUGCAGAGCUGGGCAUUGACGGGGAGGCAGUACCAAGCCAACGCGCGAAGCAUCGCACAGUCAGGCCUCUUGCUGAUCUUGCUCGUCUUAAAGACAGGCAAUAG